AUAAGGUUAUUACACUCAUGGACGGACAAUGCUAUUGGCGCUGGCCAAUGCUAUUGGUCAAUUAUAAAAGAGCAAUGGCAAUAAGCAGCCAACGGGCAGCUGCUUGCCAAUCUCUUUCAGAAGACUAGUCUAGCAGGCCGCCUUUGUGGACUGUGCUGCGUGGCCACGAAACGCAAGCAGAGGAGGGCCGGCCAUUUAUCAUCUACUGCUGUGUGGUAGCUAGCUAGUAUGUUACUGGUAUUGGCCCAGGCAAGCCUUGAGGAAAUCUGAAGAUUUUGUUCGCUCCCUUCUUCUUCUGCAACUGCAAGCAGAGCAAGUUUCUGUCUUGAUCGCUGUUGGUUGAAUGACCAUCAGUGGCUUCUCAGUCUAGCUACCCUCUCUAUUCAGGUGUAGCAGCAUCGUUUUCUCCUGGUGAUUGGCUAUAAUCUUGUAUUAGUAUCUAUUUUGAUAGGCUGGAAGACUGGGUGCAAGGUGUAUCAGCAUGGCUUUCUCCUGGUGAUUGGCCUAUAAUCUUAUAUUUCUAUUUUGAUUAUAGCUUGCACUCAGCCUUGCGGGAUCCUUAAACUAUCGAUAGGCUGGAAGGCUGGUUCUAAGCUUUCGGGUUCUUCCAUUCUUCGGGAAAAAUCAUCCUAGUGUUUUUGGUGGACCCCUGGCGCUGAGUUUGUCGGAUCCAUGGCGGCCAUAGUUGAAACUUUGCUUAAAUCAAGUGUCACUAAGUUGCAAGAUGUCAUUAUGGAUGAGGCCAUACUAAUCCUAGGGGUUGAAGAAGAACUAACAAAAUUGUUGCGACGAGUGGAACUAAUUCAGUGUUGUAUAUAUGAUGCUGAGAAAAGGAGGACAAAAGAGCAAGCAGUAAACAAUUGGCUUGGUCAAUUGAGAGAUGUUAUAUAUGAAGUUGAUGAAAUCCUGGAUGUGGCUAGAUGUAAAGGAAGCAAGCUACUUCUUAACCACCCUUCACCAUCAUCAGGCAAAUCAGUUGCAUGCAAAGGCCUUUCAGUUUCCUGUUGUUUUUGCAACAUAGUGGCACGCCAUGAUGUUGCUGUUCGGAUUAGAAGCCUCAAUAAAAAGAUUGAGAGCAUUGCAAAUGACAAGAUAUUUUCAACUUUCAAUAAUAGCACACAACCUAUUGGAAAUGGCCGAACAUCAAAACUGGUAAGAAGUUCCAACCUUGUUGAGCCCAACCUUGUGGGGAAGGAGAUUCUACAUUCUACCAGGAAGUUAGUGGACUUAGUUCUUGCACACAAGGAAUGCAAGUCUUACAAACUUGGUAUUGUUGGAACUGGAGGAGUUGGUAAGACAACCCUAGCUCAGAAAAUCUACAAUGACCAAAAAUUAAAAGGAUGCUUCAAGAUGCACGCAUGGAUUUGUGUAUCACAAGACUACAACGAAGUAACUCUUCUUAAAGAGGUUCUCCGGAAUGUUGGUGUGCAUCAUGAGCAGGGUGAAACCAUAGCAGAGCUGCAGAGGAAGCUUGCAGAAGCAAUUGAAGGGAAGAGUUUCUUUCUGGUUUUAGAUGAUGUGUGGCAUUCCAAUGUAUGGAUGGAUCUAUUAAGGCCUACAUUACACAAAACAAUGUCCGGAGUAAUAUUGGUAACCACACGAGAUGACCAAAUUACAAGGAGAAUAGGUGUAGAUCAUACCCAUCGAGUUGAUCUCAUGCCAGUAGAGGUGGGAUGGGAGCUACUUUGGAAGAGCAUGAACAUAGAGGAAGAGAAAGAAGUGCAAAAUUUAAGAAACAUGGGGAUUGAGAUUGUUCGUAAAUGCGGCCACCUCCCUCUUGCAAUCAAGGUUACCGCUAGUGCUUUGGCAAGCAGAGAUCUGACGGAGAAUGAAUGGAAAAAGUAUUUGGGCAAAUAUGCUGGUUCCCAGAGCAUGCUCUCAGAUGAAACAGAAGGAGCUCUGUACCUAAGCUAUGAUGGGUUGUCGCAUCGUCUUAAACAAUGUUUCCUUUAUUGUGCUUUGUAUGCUGAAGAUUCUAUCAUUGAGCGUGAAGAAGUUACCUGGUUAUGGAUUGCUGAAGGCUUCAUCGAGGAGUGGGAAGGCCAACUACUAGAAGACAUAGCAGAAGAGUACUACUACGAGCUAAUCCACCGGAAUCUCCUCCAACCAGAUAUCUCCUAUUUUGACAUGUCUCACUGCAAAAUGCAUGACCUCUUAAGACAACUUGCACUAAACAUAUCAGGAGAAGAAUGUUUUAUUGGAGAUGUUGAAACAUUAAUGGGUGAAAAUAUGUCAAAAUUGCGACGUGUUGCUGCUGUUACUAAGAAGGAUAUGUUGGUGUUAUCUAGAGUGGAUAAGGUGGAUGUUAAGGUCAGGACUUUCCUAACUGUUAAGGGUCCACGCAGAAUUGAGGAUACAUUGUUCAAGAGAUUUCGGCUUCUUCGUGUUUUGGUACUAAAUUACACACUUGUGCAAAGCAUUCCAGAAUACAUAGGGAAAUCGAUACAUCUACGUCUACUUAAUCUUAAUAAUACAGACAUAUCUUGUCUUCCGGAAUCCGUUGGCUGCCUAAAGAACCUUGAAGUACUGAGCUUGAUAUGGUGUGAUCAUCUGCACACUCUUCCUUCGGCAAUAACCCUGUUGAGCAGCUUAAGAUGUCUUGAUCUUCGCGGCACCGAAAUAAACGAGGUUCCAAAAGGGAUAGGGAAACUAAAGUUCCUCACUUAUGUAGUAGAUUAUCCUAUUGGUGAUGGAAGUGAUGAUACUGUUGUGCAAGAUGGAUGGAAGUUGGAAGAGUUGUCUUCUUUGUCGCAAAUGAGGUAUCUUAUUCUUGCUAAACUGGAAAGAGUGGCUCCUUGUAGUACAAAUGAUGUGCUGACAGACAAGGAGCACUUGAAAAAUCUAGUACUAAAGUGGUCCAUUUUUGGAGAGGGUACAUAUUCAGAAGAUGACGUUGGCAACACUGAGAAGGUCUUUGAGCAGCUAAUACCUCCACACAACCUGGAAGGCCUAUCAAUUAAUAGUUUCUUUGGUCAGCGUUAUCCCAGCUGGUUUGGUACCACUUGUUUGUCUUCGUUAAUACACUUGAAACUCCUGGGUGUACGAUCAUGUGUGCAUCUUCCACCGAUCUGGCACCUACCAAACUUGAAAUAUGUGAAAAUUGAAGGAGCACAUGCAGUUACCAAGGUUGGACCUGAAUUUGUUGGCUGCAAGAAGGGUGAUCAUGUAUGUAAUGAGUUUGUCGCUUUCCCUAAACUUGAAUUGUUGAUCUUCUCAGAUAUGCCUAACUGGGUGGAGUGGUCUAUUUUUGAGGAAGAAGUUGCUGAUGAUGAACAGGGAGAGGAUGGAGUUGAUGAGAUUCGAAGAGAGGAUGCCCCAUCUACAAGGUUGCGACUGCUGCCUCGUUUGUUGGAGUUGUACCUCCAUUACUGCCCGAAGCUGAGGGCUCUCCCGCAACAACUUGGAAAAGACACCGCCUGCUUGAAGGAGCUCAAUUUAAGAGGACUGAACAACUUGAAGGCCAUGGAGGACCGCCCAGUGCUCUCUAAACUCCUUGUUAUUGACGAUUGUGAAGGCCUGGAGAAGGUCUCCAAUCUCCCUUGUGUGACUGAACUGCAUGUAGGUGGUUGUCCAAACUUAAGCAACGUAGCAGGAUUGGGCAGUUUGCAUCAGCUGGGGUUGGACAAGGAUAUGCAAGAGAUCUCUUCAUGCUGGGUGCAUGGGCUUCAAGAGCAGUACCAGCGACUUCAUGGUGAAGAUCUGGAUAUCUACACGCUGUUUAAGAAGUAGAUGGCUGGCUCAAGCCUAGGACUGGUGGCGCAGAUCUUUUCGGCUGGCAAAGCGCGGGGCAUACUAAGUUGAGGAAGCCUAUCCAUGCUGAAGAUGUGCAAGUGUGCCAUGGUCUGUAGCGAGCUGGUGAAAGAAGUGUCCUAUUUUUCUUUGGGCAGGUGCCCUGGAAUUAAUGUAUCCAGCUUCAUCUUAUUUCUUUCUGAACUUGUCCCAGAGACCUUUGUUGUCCUGAAUCUGCACGGCAUAGUUUUGUUCUUUGGAUGUAACCCGCGUAUUUCGAUUUAUUUCAUUCUGAACUCGGGGUCAGAGG